GCGCGUGCCUGUGCCCACCGGGGCGGGGCGCCCCGCGCGCGGGCCGCGACGUGACGUGGCGGCGGCGGCGGGAUGCUGCGGGCGCUGUUGCUGUCGCUGCUGGUGGCGGCGCUGGCGGCGGGGGGCAGCCCGGGACCCCCCCGGCUCCGCGGGGCCGAGCUGCGGGACCUGGCCCGGGGCAAGGUGGAGACCUGUGGCGGGUGACGGCUGAACCGCCUGAGGGAGGUGAAGGCCUUCGUCACGCAGGACAUCCCCCUCUAUCAUAACCUGGAGAUGAAGCACCUGCCCGGUGCUGACCCCGAGCUUGUGCUGCUCAGCCACCGAUACGAGGAGCUGGAGAGAAUCCCCCUGAGUGACAUGACCCGGGAGGAGAUUAACCAGCUGGUGCAGGAACUGGGCUUCUACCGCAAGGAGACACCUGAUGCUCCCGUGCCUGAAGAGUUCCAGUUUGCCCCUGCCAGGCCUCUGCCCACCCUGCCACCACGCCAAGCUCCCACGACUGAUGGCAAAACCCCACUUGAACGUGAGGGAGAACACCCAGACCUGUAGCGAGGGCUGCUGUGCUCGGGAGAGGGUCCUGCAGCCAGUUCCCAGCAUGCAGGGACGAGGGUGUUACAGCAGCUGGGGAUGGUGCCACAGGGUGGUGAAUGUCCCCCUACUGUUGCUUGGUGCUGUGUAGCUUCUGCCCCGGGGAUGCUCUGAGCAGCUCCAGCCUUGAGAAGGGCGCACUCUGGGCAUUGCAGGCAUCCCAGGGAUCCUGUGUGCCUGUUGCUGCCCUCCCUCCCCUGCAGCCCGGCAUCCCCGGCCCAUUGGGAAGGAGCAGUAUUCUUUGUGCUCAGGGCACCAUACCCUGAGAUUUGACUGACUUGUGGCUCUGGGCAGCAGUAUCCUACCUCCAUGGGACAGGAUGAAACCCUCAGCAGAAAGCCCCAGGUGCUGAGGGUAGAUGUGCUGAGUCCCAGAGGUGGGAGAGCUGCCCUUGGGGGAGGUAUGGCUUUACACCCCAGCAGGGUUGUCUCGUAUCGAGUCCCCAGUAAAGCCCUUGUGUACAAUCA